UCGUCUUUGUAAUCGCACUAAAAUGAGCGGCAUUAUUUAUGGUGAUCAAAAUAUUUUCUUACCAUCUCAUGGUAACUAUGGCAGAUAUGUAUUGGAUAAUAUUCUAAAAUUUAAGGAUAAAGUUGCUUUGAUAAAUGGAGCUUCCGAUGAGAUUACUACAUUUGGUGAAUUGGCUCAGAAGGCAGUAAACUUAACAUCCUACUUAAAAGAACAAGGUGUGAAACAAAAUGAUGUUGUGGCUGUGUGCAGUGAAAAUAGAACAGAAUACAUGGUGACUGUGAUCGCUGUGUUUUCUUCAGGAGCUACUUUGGCUUGUAUCAAUAAUGCCUAUAGUGAUGAUGAAAUGGCACAUUCGCUUGAUAUAGCUAAACCUAAGUAUAUAAUUCUAUCACCCGAAGCGCAGGAAAAGUAUAGCAAGAUCGUAAAAAGUGUAAAAUCCAUUGAAAAAAUUAUCGUAUUUGAAAACAAAUCAAAGGAUGCAGAUACAAUUAAUUUUGAUGAUAUUAUAAAGAAAAACGUAGAUGUGAACACCUAUAAACAUGUAGAUUUAAAAGGUGGAACGGCUUUAAUAUUAUACUCAUCGGGAACUACAGGACUUGCUAAAGGUGCGAAAAUAACCCACACCAAUUUAAUCACAUCAGCUCAACAACCACUACCAUCAACUAGAGACCUCAUCACAAUAUUUGUGUCUCCAUGGUCUAGUACUAUGGGUCUCAUUUGUUCGUUACAUGAAAUCGUUGUGGGCAGAACCAUAGCAUAUCUUCCCAGAUUCAAUGAAAGACAAUAUUUAUAUGCUAUACAGAAAUAUAAGAUUGCAAUUUUAACAAUAGUCCCGCCUGUGGUCGUGAUACUUUGUAAAUCGACUAUCGCUAAAGAAUACGAUAUCAGUUCUGUGGAAAUAAUCUACUCUGGUGGUGCUCCUUUAAAUAUGUCAGUCAUUACGGAGCUUAAAUCUAAAUAUCCACAUAUUAAGCACGUAUUGCAAGGCUACGGUAUGACAGAGGCGACCGGUGCACUGACUGCGGAAUCAGAAGAUGAAUAUAAAGAAGGAAGCGUCGGUAAAAUUGUAACUGGGAAUAUAAUGAAGAUAGUUGAUGUCGAGACUCGUAAAAUAUUGGGUCCCGGUCAGACGGGGGAAGUUUGUGUGAAAGGCGCCGUACAGUUCGAUGGUUAUAUUGGAAAAGAUUCUAAAGACGAAUUUGAUGAGGACGGCUUCUAUAAAACUGGCGACAUCGCGUAUUACGACGAAGAUGGCUACUUCUACAUAGUCGAUAGAAUUAAAGAACUCAUUAAAUACAAGGCUUGGCAGGUGCCACCUUCAGAAUUAGAAGAUCUGUUACUACAACACGCCGCUGUAAAGGAUGCUGCAGUAUCGGCUCGCCCUGAUGUACUCGCUGGGGAACUGCCGACCGCUUUUAUUGUUAAACAACCAAACGCAAAUGUUACCGAAAGGGAUAUAGUAGAAUUUAUUGAUAAAAAGGUGUCGCCCUGGAAGAAGCUACGAGGCGGUGUGAUAUUCGUGAAAGAGAUACCGAAAACAUCGAGCGGUAAAAUAAUAAGGCGGAAACUACGUGAGAUGUUACCUAAGCUACCAGCCAGCAAACUUUAAACACUCGAAGAUAUUUUAUAUAUUAUUUUAAAAAGUGUUACAUUGUACUGUUUACAGAGUAAAUCGCUUAAUACCUAUGUUAAAACGAAAUAUUAUA